CUCUCUCUCUCUCUCUCUCUCUCUCUCUCUCUCUCUCUCUCUUUUUCAAUAAAGCAAAAAUACCGAAACAGUGGGGGAGUAGAGAUAGAUACUUGGACUUGGUUACAAAAACAGUAGCCUUAAAUAGUCCAGCUACUGCCCUUGCCUUGUACAUGCAAUGCAAGUACAGGCUGCCGCCAUGGCGAAUUUCUCACCGUUGCUAUUAACGACGAUUUGGCUAGUGCUUGUAAUUUGUAAAGGAGUAGAGAGUGGUCAUUCCUCAGCUGUUGGAGAUCCAGGAAUGAUAACAGAUGGCUUAAGGAUAGCUUUAGAAGCUUGGAACUUUUGUAAUGAAGUUGGUGAAGAAGCUCCUGGAAUGGGUAGCCCUAGAGCUGCUGAUUGCUUUCAUCUUUCUGACAGUUCUCUGACUCACAAGGUAACCGAGUCGGAUAAUAAGCUAGGAGUUGGCAAGACAUUCCCUGGCCUGAGUCCUAAGGCUAAGAAUAAUCCGGACUUAUAUGCUGUUGAAAAGGAACUCUAUCUUGGUUCAUUGUGUGAAGUUGAUGACACGCCGAGGCCAUGGCAAUUUUGGAUGAUAAUGUUGAAGAACGGAAAUUAUGACACAAAAUCUGGUCUUUGCCCAGAAAAUGGGAAAAAAGUGCCCCCUUUUAAUCCUGGAAGAUUUCCUUGUUUUGGGAAAGGAUGUAUGAAUCAACCUAUCUUGUAUCACCAGCCCACUUCAUUAUUAGCCGAUGAUAUUAUGCGGGGAGGUUUUAAUGGUACCUAUGAUUUGGGUUCUUCAACGGGUGGCAGUAGUUCCUUCUUUGAGGUGCUCUGGGAAAAGAAAGUUGGCACAGGGGGUUGGGUAUUUCAGCACAAACUCAGAACCUCCAAAUUGUAUCCAUGGCUGAUGUUGUAUCUUAGGGCGGACGCGACCAAAGGGUUCUCUGGAGGCUACCACUACGAUACCAGAGGAAUGUUAAAAACUCUCCCGGAGUCACCUAAUUUUAAGGUCAAAUUGACCUUGGAUGUGAAGCGAGGGGGAGGACCGAAGAGCCAGUUUUACUUGAUAGAUAUUGGCAGCUGCUGGAAGAACAAUGGUGCUCCAUGUGAUGGAGAUGUGCUCACUGAUAUUACCAGAUACAGCGAGAUGAUCAUUAAUCCAGAAACUCCAGCUUGGUGCAGCCCCACAAAUAUUGGCAACUGCCCACCUUUUCACAUCACACCGAACAAUACUAAAAUCUACAGGAAUGACACCUCUCACUUCCCUUACUCAGCUUAUCACUAUUAUUGUGCUCCUGGGAACGCCGAGCACUUGGAAAAGCCAUAUAGUACAUGUGAUCCUUACAGUAAUCCCCAAGCACAGGAGCUAGUUCAGUUGCUGCCUCAUCCAAUAUGGGCAGACUACGGCUAUCCAACCAAACAAGGAGACGGCUGGGUUGGGGAUGGAAGAACAUGGGAGCUUGACGUUGGUGCCCUUUCCAGCAGACUUUACUUCUAUCAGUCCUUGCUCUUUUUGGCUGCAGGAUCCAGGUACACCUCCUGCUAGAAGAAUAUGGACAUCUCUGGAUGUGGGGACUGAAAUUUUUGUUAGCAACAAAGAUGAAGUGGCAGAAUGGACUCUGAGCGACUUUGAUGUUUUAAUCACCUCGUAAAGCCAUAAUAAUGAUACCCUUCUAUUUAACAUUGUAACUGUAGCCAAAGCAAAAUCAGAUAGUGGGACAAGGUCUCAUCAUUCUUGAUGUCUAAACUUUAUCUUUCUAUACUAGAUCUGAUCUGACGGGGCAAGUCCUGGCAGCUUUAUUUCCGAGAGAAGAAAAAAGAAUUUUGUUUUUGCUUUA